UUUGCUUCAGGUCUCAUGCCCAGAGACUGCAGUGACGUCAUGGCGACGGGAAAGUCCCAAAGUGGAGUCUAUUCCAUCUUUAGCGGGUCCGACAGCUUCGAGGCUUACUGCAACAUGAACCUGGACGGGGGAGGCUGGACCGUGAUCCAGAGGAGAAAGGACGGCUCCGUCGACUUCUUUCGGGGUUGGAACGACUAUCGAAAGGGCUUUGGAGACCUCGCCGGAGAGCACUGGCUCGGCCUGCAAAACAUCCACGCUCGGACGGCCUCGGGCGCUUACCAGUUGCGGAUCGACUUCACCAUAUUCGACGGCCGCAAUUACUACGCUCUCUACGACGACUUCUCGGUGGGCCGGAACUCGCUGGACCCCGAGAAGGACGGCUACCCGCUGCAUGUGAGCGGCUACUCUGGAAACGCAGGCGAUAGAUUCACCUGGCAUUCUGGGAUGAAGUUCAGCACCAAAGACCGCGACCAAGACAGCCAGAAUAGUGGCAGUUGCGCCAAUGAGCGGAAGGGCGCUUGGUGGUAUAGAGACUGUGCCAACUGCAACCUGAACGGGCUGUACAAGGCAACCGGCACCUGCAACACUAGCAAUGCAGUCUGGUAUGAGUUGGGGCCAUCAUUUUAUACCUGCCUGAGAUUCGUGGAGAUGAAGAUCCGGCCCAGAAAGUGAGCGGUCAGCCGGCGGAGCCUGGGAACGGCAUCCCCGUGGGAUCACGUGGGUGCUGCCCGACGUCACCCAUUUGUGCAGCGCUCGUCAAGUAAAAUGGCGGUGCGCAAAUGUGUGUCGGAUUUGGCCCGGGCAAAUGGGCUCAAGUGCAAUUCCGAAUUUCCCCAGAAGGUUGACACGAGAGACACCUGACAAACGGUUAGUUGGAAGUUAGUUCCUCAAAAUGAAGUCUUAUCAAAAAGCAGUUCGGCGCUGUUGCGGUUCCAAAUUUCACCAGCAGACGGUGCCAAAUUUAGACUGCCGUGACAUGUUAAGUCCGUCGUUAGAUUAGUCGAAGUUAUUGACUCGGGAAACACGACCUGUUUUGAAUGACACGCAC